AUGGACUUCAUCUUGAUCCUUCUGCUAUACACUCCAGUUUCAGGUUCACUCAAUUUUGUUCCCUGGCCUGUAACCUGUGAAGAACAGAAUAUUUGUGCUGUGAGAGGGGCACAGGUGACACUGAAGUGCUCUCACUCAAACAUCAACAUCAAAACUGGAUUCUGGUUCAGCCCGAAACACAAAACAAACUGGAGAAACAAAGAUGAGCCUGAAGAUUUGACUUUAGAUUCAGAUUACUCAGGACGAUUGAAACAGUGGAUCAAAAACACUGAAUCAAAACUCACAAUAUCAGAUCUGAGAGAGAGAGACAGUGGAGAAUAUCAGCUCAUGAUCAUUAUGAAGGAUGGAGUUAAACAUCUCAGCUCAGUCACAGUCAAUCUAACAGUCACAGUUUUACAGGUGAAGAUGAAUCCUGAAUCUACAGAUGAAGUAAAACUGAUCUGUGACUCUUCCUGCAAUCUCAUAUCUGAAAAUAAUUACUACUGGUUCAGGAAUGGACGAUAUUUAACCUACAGCACAAACAUAUUUGAGCCAUUCAGAGGAAACACUGACAGCUAUUCCUGCUCCACGUAUAACGAAUACACUCAAUCCGCUUCUUUAUGUCUUUCUAACAGUGGCUGUUGGGGUGUGACUUACACCUCUAGAAGAGUUUGUGCUUUAGUGGGAUCAACAGUAGAUAUUCACUCUUCAUACUCACAUCCCACUGGAGAUACAGUAAAGAAAACAUACUGGGAUUACUAUCAUCAUGGGGAAUUCAGAGAUAUUCGUGAGGAUCAUCAGUUUGCUGGUCGUGUGGAGUUUGUUGGAAACACACUGAGAAUCAAAGACGUCAACACGAGUGACUCUGGUAUAUAUCGAUUCAGGAUCAUCACUGACACAUCAAAUGUUUUUUUUGGUUAUCCUGGAGUCUUUCUUACUGUUACAGGUACACAGGUGGAAAGGAGCCCAAACCCUGUGAUAGAUGGAGAAAAAGUGAUAUUAAGCUGUUCAACCAAAUGCACUCUGGAUAGCAAACAUACUUACAUCUGGUAUAAGAAUGGACAACAGGUAACAGAUGGAUUGAGAUUAUUAAACAAGCUGUACCUGAACUCAAUCAACAGUGAGGAGAUACAAGAGUAUUCAUGUACUGUAAGAGCUAUGACAUCAUCACUGAACUACUUUCAGUAUUACUAA